AUGAACGGCUUUGGACACCAGCCUGCUUCCAACCACCAGACCAGCCCCAUUCAGCACCACAGCGCCCAGGAGCUCCUGGACAUGGCCGUCUACUGCGACAACUACGGCGUGUACCAGCAGAACCUUCACCACCACCCGCAGAGGCCGCCGGCCCAUUCCUCCAGCUACGGUCUGAGUGACUACACCUCCCCGUCCGCCAACCCCUACCUGUGGCUUAAUGGACCGGCCAUCAACUCCUCUCCGUACCUCCCUGGGAACAACAGCUCGUCCUACAUGCAGCCCGGGUACGGCUCGAACCAGAGACAGUUCCUCCCGACUCCCACCGGGUUCGGUGGCGCCGACCUGGGCUGGCUGUCCAUCUCCAGCCAACAGGAGCUCUUCAAGAUGGUCAGGCCGCCUUACUCCUACUCUGCCCUGAUAGCCAUGGCCAUCCAGAGCGCACAGGACAAGAAGCUGACUCUGAGUCAGAUUUAUCAGUAUGUGGCUGACAACUUUCCUUUUUAUAAGAAGAGCAAAGCUGGGUGGCAGAACUCUAUCCGACACAACCUGUCUCUGAAUGACUGCUUCAAGAAGGUAGCGAGAGAUGAGGACGACCCAGGAAAGGGAAACUACUGGACUCUGGACCCGAACUGUGAGAAGAUGUUCGACAACGGGAACUUCAGACGGAAGAGAAAAAGGAGAUCGGAUAUAAACGGAUCUCUCCCGGUCAAAUCAGAGGACGCUCCGCACAAACUCUCCGACACCGCCAGCCUGCUGACGCCUUCCCCGUCCAGCCUGCACGGAUCUCCGGCCUCCACGGAGCCAAAAUCGUCGCCGCCUCCCUCUGCGGAGCACAGCCCCUGUUUCAGCAGCUUCGUGUCGGGCGUCAACUCGUUGCUGGCGGGCAGCGACGGCUCCGGGGCCCCUGGGGGACUGUCCCAGAGCAGGGAGAGCAUGUCGGGACUGGGAUCCUACUCUCCCUCCUUAAUCUCCCCCCUGAACUCUGACAACAGAAUGAACUAUUAUACAUCAGCGCAGAGCCUCUCCAACCACUUCAGCGUAAAUAAUCUACUUUACAGCCGGGAGGGAACAGAGGUUUAG